GCUGAAGCCUCCGGACAAAGCGACGAUGAAGACUUUUUUGCUUCUGGACCAAAAGAAGCACUGAAACGACUUUGGGAACUCAGAGGAAUGCAGUUUCUUAUAUCAAAAAAGUUACCAAGGUUGUCACCUAGGGUGUAUAAUUUGAUGAAGAGUCUUUUAACUGAUGAAGAUGGCGACGCUGUUCCGGACACAGGAGGUCAUUCCGGAAUUUACAAUAAGUAA